UCACAGUCCAUACUUAAGUUGUGCCUAAAUAAAAUCUUAGCUAAGCAUUGUUGCGAACUGAGUAGUCGUUUGCGUUUCACAGUCAAUGCUUAAGUUCUAUAAAAUUUUAUUAUGAUAUAUGGCAACGUUGUGGGCAACAUAUGUUUUACAAAUAUCAUCCACAAACAUAUGAUUGAAAUAUUUAAAUUAUUAUAGACAACGUAUAAAUUUGGAAGAAAAAUUAUAGACAGCGUAUAAAUUUGGAAGGAAAAUUAUUUCGUAAAUGAAUGAAACCCAGAAAAGGACCCCGAAUUUCACCGCAAGCGAGUCGAAGCAGCUAUUGGAACUGGUGGAGAAAUAUAAAAAUGUCAUCGAAUGUAAGCGGACGGACACUUGCACAAACGCUAAAAAAGAUGUCGCAUGGAAGCGUCGAACAUGAUUUCAAUUCACAGUGUCCAUCUGGCUGCCAUCGCAAUGCAAAAAUAUUGAAGAAAAAGUAUAUCAAUCUUAAAAGAGAGGUAAAAAAGCGAGUUGCAGAGGAAAAAAAGUCUCUUUAUUUGACUGGAGGAGGACCACCACCAAAGAAAUUGUUAACUCAGUUUGAUGAAAAACUUUUGACUGUAUUACAUGAGAAGCAAGUUAGUGGCAUGCAGAGUGUGUAUGACAAUGAUGUGAUUGCCGGAAAUAUUGAUGAGUCCGUGAUAUUGGAGGAAGAGACAUUGGAAAGCAUAAUGGAUUUCGAAAAAUCUACUGAAGUGGAAAAUUAUGAAGGAAUAAAUGGUAAAAAAUGUUAAAGUAAAAAAAUACCAGAAUCAUCACAACUAAAUAUAUAUUUUGGAAUCCGACAACGUUGAAUCAAGCCAGCUUUGGAACAAAUAUGAUCCCAGCAAGUUAAAAACACCAAAAAAUUCGAAACUAAAAUUUGAAGAAAAACCCCAAAGAUCUGCGAGAAAUUCUUGAGCGAAGCUAGCAGAAAUGAAAGCCAAGUGGACGGAAGAAAAAUAUGAAGCGGAAAUAAAAAUAAUGUAUGCGGAGCACUAGCAAAGAAUGAAGCUGAUGAAAGAAAAACAUGAUAUGGAAAUGAAAAUUUUAGCAGUUGAUUUGGAAAGAAAGAAAAAGAAGCUGGAAGGGUGAAAUAAAAAAUACAUAUAUGUAAAAUUAUAAACGUAUUUAUUAAACUACAAUAAACUGAAGUAAUUAUCUAUUAAA